AUGCAACCACACUCUGAGGCCAAUGAAACAACCAUUACUGAAUUCAUCCUGCUGGGUCUGGUGGAGACACCAGAGCUACAACCACUUAUCUUUGUACUUUUCCUCUGUGCUUACAUGGUCACGGCGGGAGGAAACCUCAGCAUCCUGGCAGCCGUCGUGGUGGAACCCAAACUCCACACCCCCAUGUACUUCUUCCUAGGGAACCUGUCAGUGCUGGAUGUGGGGUGCAUCAGCGUCACUAUUCCCUCCAUGUUGGUUCGCCUCAUGACCCGCAAGCGUUCAGUUCCCUACAGAGCCUGCCUCACACAACUCUUCUUCUUCCAUCAAUUGGUUGGGGUGGACUGCUUCUUGUUGACGGCCAUGGCCUAUGAUCGAUUCCUGGCCAUCUGCCGGCCCCUCACCUACAGCACCCGCAUGAGCCAGACAGUGCAGAGGAUCUUGGUGGCGGUGUCCUGGGCUUGUGCCUUCUCCAAUGCCCUGACCCACACCGUGGCCAUCUCCACACUCAACUUCUGUGGCCCCAAUGUGAUCAAUCACUUCUACUGUGACCUUCCCCAGCUGUUCCAGCUCUCCUGCUCCAGCACCCAGCUCAAUGAGCUGCUGCUCUUUGGUGUGGGUUUCAUCAUGGCAGGUUCCCCGAUGGCUCUCAUUUUCAUCUCCUAUGCUCAUGUGGUAGCUGCGGUUCUCCGCAUUCGGUCGGUGGAGGGCAGGAAGAAGGCCUUCUCCACUUGUGGCUCCCACCUCACUGUGGUGGCUAUCUUCUAUGGGUCAGGCAUCUUUAACUACAUGAGAUUAGGUUCUGCCAAACUUUCAGAUAAGGAUAAAGCUGUGGGAAUUUUUAACACCGUCAUUAACCCCAUGCUGAAUCCGCUUAUCUACAGCCUCAGGAACCCUGAUGUGCAGGCUGCCCUCUGGAGGGUGCUCUCAAGGAAGCAAUCCACGGCUUGA